AUGUUGAGAGCUGCGAGACCACUCAACGUGGCUCAACGGUUCGGAACCAGAAAUAUCACCGUUCCCGUUUUGAAGGAAGAUAUCAAUAUUACCGCCAAUGGUAAGGUAAAUGUUGUUAGUGGACGUGGAGGACGUUCCUCCAGAACCGGAUACACCGCCACUGUCUUUGGUGCUUCUGGAUUUCUUGGUCGUUACUUGACAUCUAAAAUCGCCAAACAUGGUACCUACACCAUAGUGCCAUUCAGAGACGAAAUGAAGUCUAGAUUCCUCAAGGUGUCAGGAGACUUGGGAGUGGUCAAUUUCGUUGAGUUUGAUGCCAGAAACUUGAAAUCAAUCGAGGAUUCUGUGGCUCAUUCCGAUAUCGUAUACAACUGUAUUGGUGCUGAUUACAACACCAAAAACUUUUCUAUGGCCGAUGUCAACAUUGGAUUGACAGAAAGAAUCACUCAGGCCGUUAAAGACGCCGGCGUCCCCCGGUUUGUUCACGUGUCCUCGUACAAUGCAAACCCACAAUCCGACUCGGUUUUCUAUGCCACCAAGGGAAUCGGUGAGCAGGUUGUUCGUGAGAUUCUUCCUCAAUCGACGAUUGUGAGACCCGCUCCAAUGUACGGACGUGAAGAUACCUUGCUCAACUACUUGGGACCCAAAUUGAAGAUGUGGACUCCCAACAAAAAUGCUAAAGAGAUAUACCCAGUACAUGUCCUCGACGUUGCCGAGGCCUUAGAAAAGAUUGGAUUCGACGAUAGCACCAUUGGGCAAACUUACGAAUUAUACGGACCUGAAAAAAUGAGUUUCUACGAAAUUAGACAAAUGAUUCAUGGUAUCACCCAGGACUUUUCGCAAGCUGGUCCAUUUUCUUACAACCAUGGUGACUACCAAAUUCCAUUGCCUUUGGCCAAGUUGGCUGCACAGCUCAAGCAGUUUGCUUACUGGAAGUUGACCAACCCUGACCAGAUUCAAAGACACUUGAUCGAUCAAAAAAUCGAUGCUAGCGCCAAGACGUUCCAGGAUUUGGGUCUCGAGACCACCCAGUUGGCCGAUGUAUUGUUCACCUACGUCAAACAAUGGAGACACCCAUUGAUCGCUCAAGAGGGAGCUUCGUCCACCAAAGAAAGCAAGAGAUUACGCCAACUCGAGCACUUUACAUAG